CAAUGCGUUUACGUUCAUUCCUUCAUUGUUCGUGGUUUCUAACUAAGUAACCAACGUCGAAGCUCUCUCUCUCUUUCCGAUAUUUCAAUGGCGAGUCUCAAAUCUCACUUCUUCGCUACUCUACUACCUCUUCUUCUUCUACUUCACUUCCCCACCGUCUCUUUUGCUCAGACGCUCUUCGUGUUCGGUGAUAGCCUUUACGACGCCGGAAACAAACAGUUUCUCUCUCAGAACAGAGUUGACGCAAGUUUUCCUCCUUAUGGAGUCACCGUAGGACAAGCCACGGGACGGUGGUCCGAUGGUUCUAUCGUUCCGGAUUAUCUUGCUGAUUUCAUGGGAAUUCCUCAUAUCUCUCCGAUUCUCCAAACCACGGCGGAUUUUUCUCACGGAGCUAAUUUCGCUGUCGCUGACGCCACCGUUCUCGGCUCUCCUCCGGAGACGAUGACUCUGUCACAACAAGUGAGCAAAUUUUUGGAAAACAAGAACAAAUGGACAAAUCAAACAUGCUCUGAAGCUAUCUACUUGUUCUACAUUGGGUCUGAUGAUUACUUGAACUAUGCUAAGAAUAAUUCAAGUCCCUCAGAUGAUGAGAAACAAGCUUUUGUGGAUCAAGUCAUCACUACCAUAGAUUCACAAAUUAAGGCGGUUUAUGGAGCUGGAGGGAGGAAAUUUGCGUUGCAGAACUUGCCACCGUUGGGUUGCUUACCAGUCGUGAAACAAGCAAGCGGAGAUGUUCAAGAAUGCGUGAAACUGCCUUCUGAAAUGGCAACUUUACAUAACAAUAACCUGUUGCAGCUCAUGGUUAAACUCUCACGAGAACUCAAUGGUUUCCAAUACUCGUUUUACGACUUCUUCAGCUCGGUCCAAAACAGAGUUAUCAAGUCUAAGACUUACACAUUCGAGACAGGGAUCGCUGCUUGUUGUGGAACUGGAUCUCUCAAUGGGACAGGUUGCUCGGUCGACAAUGUAUGCACCAAGCCUGAAGAAUACAUCUUCUUUGACGGGAAGCAUUUGACGCAAGAAGCCAACCUUCAUGUCGGGCAUUUAAUGUGGGGAGCAGAUCCGGAAGUGGUUGGACCGAACAAUCUCAGGGAGCUUAUGGUCCUUCCUCUGGACAUUACAGUCAUCUUAGCUAAUAUACAAGAAGCUAUGGCUGCCAUGAGACCUAGACAGAGAAAAAUUGAGAGUCUUUAUGAUAUCAAGAAGAUGGAAUCAGAGAUGGAGAAUCAUUGGCUUUAUCAGUUUAACGAAGCUAGCUCUUUCAUGAUAUAAGAUUGUGGUUACGAUAAAAACUAAAACAUCCCUUUUUUUUAUGUUCUUAAUCAAUGAUAAACUAGACAAGCUAAUAAACUAAUGAUAAUACUCACAUCACAACAAUCAUCUGUUCUUAAUUAAAAAGGAACUAGACAAGGAAACUGAAACAUCUAAUUUAUUGAAACAACCGCUUUACAAAAGGAACAAGAAUCCUUAAAAGAUAGAUCCAAACUUGUGGUUGUGGACAUGGACCAGAAAACAUGAGACAGAACAGAGUCCUUACAGAUCCAAAAAAACAACAAACUACAAACUAGAUAGGACACAAAAAAAAAAACACGAAGAAGGAAACCA